AUGGGCCUCUCAUCCACCGACGAGUUCACUUACGUCCCUCUCGAGAACAAUCUCUCGUUCUCCGCCGCUUGCGACUUCAAUCGCGAGCACAAUGCAGAGCACACCUGCUACGUGUACGCUGAGCCGGAUGGCACGGUCUGCGAGGUCACCUACCUCGAAUUCGGGCGCGCUGUACAUCGCGCGGCGCAUAUCCUGCGCCCUUCGCGCAAGGGCGAAGACAACGCUACCGUGGCAAUCAUCGCCAACUCUGACACUCUCCUGUAUAACGCCGUGACUGUCGGAUUGAUCAAGGCUGGACUUGUUGUACGUUGGACUCCCCUGACAGGACGAGAAUGCACUAAUCCUUGA